AUGUCAAUAGGCACAGAUUCUCAGUCCAGCUCUCGCGACCUCUCCUCUUCCGUCUCCUCACUGAAUCAGUCCAGCAAACGGACGUCAUCCGAGAUCUCCAAGGUCUAUAAGCAUGCUUCGCAAUUGUUCCUUACGCGCCGACUACUAGAAUCCUAUGAAGCGUUGCAACCCGUGAUAACACCGCCAAGUCAAUCGAGGCCGGACGACAGUCCUGCGUUGGCACCUAUAGCGACCGCAACCACGAGCCAGCGCAUCAAGAUCUGGAGCUUGUAUGUGACACUACUGAACUCGAUUGUGGACCUGGGGGACGCGGAAGGUAGGGAGACCUUUGGCUCGAAAGAGUACAGAGAGAUCAAGAGACAAGUUCAAAAUGGUGAUAUAUGGGAGCAAGUCGUGAGGGCUGGCUACCAGGGCCGAGAAGGCUCCGUCGACGCCGAGGUGGUCUAUAAUCUAUCAAACCUCCUCUUGGGCCAGGCCCCGAACCAACAACUCAACCAAUCCCGCCUAGAGACUUAUUUCUCCUCCUCGGCGCACCCGACCCUCGAAGUCGGCAAACUCGAUCUCUCCACGCACCUAGACCGUGCCCUCUCCAAUGGCCAGCAAUCAUCAACCGGUUUAAACGGCACAAACACUCCCAAAGACCUUACCAGUCGGAUAAAAGUACUGGAGAUCUUCACCCUGCACGUUCUACCGAGGAACAGCGAGUGGGACUACGCGCGAAGCUUCAUUCAGAAUAGUGAUAUCUUAGACGAAGAGAGGAGAGAUGCGUUCUUGCAGACGCUAGAGGAGUUGCAGGAUGUGACCAGACGUGAAUCCAUCGAUAUGGGAGACGGGCAGGAGGACGUCUUCGAAGAUACGGAGGAACAUCCAGCAGAAGAAACACCAACUAGUCCCGAACAGAAGUCUCAGUCAUCGAAGACGACGUCAAAACAUCAACGGACGAGUAGUGAGGUCGACUACGGCAUUGAACGAGCACAUCCGAACGGCGGCACCCACGCAAAUGCGCCCUUGAAGCCGGAGAAGCCAUCAACCCAGCCUAUAGCGAGUCCCAAGAUCCCCCAACCGACCGUGACACCCAAAUCGCCCCCAGCUACCGCCGCGACACCCACGCGGGCCCACCUCUCGCCUCCUGCCCAAACCCCCCGUCGUCCAGCUCAACGGAAACCCUCCAAAUCCACCUCCUCCCAGAACACCCUUGCAGCACAAGCCCGUGCCCUCUUUCAGGCGCUGUCAAAUCUAGCAAGAAACAUGGCCACUACGCUGCAGAAGAACCCGACUGCGAUGCUGAGAUUCCUACUUUUUGUGCUCAUGUUUGUGGUGGUGGCGGGUCAAAAGCAUAUAAGAGAGAAGGCCAAAAGGGUGGUGGGACGAGCGUGGGAGAAACUCCGUGGGACGAUGGGUAUGGGCGUCAAAGUGAGUUACAUUUGA